UCUUCAUAAUUCCAAGGGUCCCGGCCUUCGAAGGUUUCAGUAAAACUUUUCUUCCAAGAAAAGCACAACUAAAGCCCGGUCGUUCUCCCGGUCUCAGGAGAAUCACACCUCUUUCUCUCUUUACACUAAUCCACAAUCCACCAUGGUUCUCGAAGCUACGAUGAUUUGCAUUGACAACUCGGAGUGGAUGAGAAACGGGGAUUACUCCCCCACGAGAUUGCAGGCCCAAUCAGAAGCUGUAAAUCUUAUUUGUGGAGCCAAAACACAGUCCAAUCCAGAGAAUACGGUGGGGCUGCUGACGAUGGCUGGGAAAGGGGUGCGUGUCCUUGUAACCCCUACAAGUGAUCUUGGAAAGAUUCUGGCGUGCAUGCAUGGUCUUGAAAUUGGUGGUGAGAUGAAUUUGACAGCUGGCAUUCAAGUAGCUCAGCUAGCACUCAAGCAUCGACAGAACAAAAAGCAGCAGCAAAGAAUUAUUGUAUUUGCUGGAAGUCCUGUCAAGUAUGACAAGAAGGUAUUGGAGAUAAUUGGAAAGAAGUUAAAAAAGAACAGCGUGGCCCUUGACAUUAUUGAUUUUGGUGAGGAGGAUGAUGGAAAGCCGGAAAAGCUCAAGGCUCUUCUUACUGCUGUGAACAACAAUGACAGCAGUCACAUUGUUCAUGUUCCUUCUGGUCCUAGUGCUCUCUCAGAUGUUCUUUUGAGCACACCAGUGUUCACCGGGGAUGGAGAAGGUGGAAGCGCUUUUGCAGCAUCUGCAGCAGCGGCAGCUGCUGGUGGCGGUUCAUUUGAUUUUGGGGUGGAUCCUAACAUAGACCCAGAGCUGGCCCUUGCUCUCCGUGUUUCAAUGGAAGAGGAGAGGGCAAGACAAGAGGCUGCUGCAAAACGAGCUGCAGAGGAUGCUGCUAGACAAGAAAAAGAAGGGGGUGAGCAGUCUUCGAGCUCUCGUGAUGCCACCAUGGCUGAGCCCACUAAUGUUUUGGAUCCUGGGACUGAUGCAAAAGGACCUGAUACCAUGGAUGAUGAGACUGCAUUGUUAGAACAGGCACUUGCAAUGUCCAUGGAUGAUCCUAGAGCUAGUCAGUCGGGUACUGCAUCUAUGGGAGAUACGGAUAUGUCAGAAGCGACUCAUGAGGAUCAAGAAUUAGCUUAUGCUCUUCAAAUGUCUGUGCAGGAUACUGCAAAAGAUUCUUCUUCUCAAACUGACAUGAGCAAAGUGUUGGGAGAUCAAACUUUUGUGUCUUCUAUUCUUAAAUCGCUUCCUGGAGUUGAUCCCAAUGAUCCUUCAGUCAAGGACUUAUUGGCAUCUUUGCAAGGUCAAACAGAGGAAAAGAAGGAAGAUGAACCUCCAAAGGAAGAUGAGAAGUGAGGAUAGAGAGAGACAUCUUUCACAGGGAAUGGGCAAAUCAUAUCAUCUUAUCUACUAUUUCAGUUUGUAAUGCACUGGGUAUUGUAACUGAAAUCGUAUCUUCUGUGUCCUCUAUAUUACCAAACCAACCAUCUUGACAUUCUUUUGGCUUGUUAUGGACAUCUCAAGUCAUUUCUCCCGUCUUUUGAUGAGCUUCAUGUACCAAACCUUGAAUGUGAGUUGUGUGAGAGAAGAAAUUCUACUGUUCAGUCAUAAGGUCUGGAGCCGAAAGACUAUCCAUGAACUGCAGCAAUGUAAGACUAUCUCUACCCAUUUAGGAGACGUGAAUGAUGUGAAAGGCAAUUGCUGGUGA